GUUUUUAGCCCUGAUCAAUAGAAGUUGCACACUGUACUGUAAUUUCAGAGUGGGUUGGCAGGCUUUUUAACAGGCCAAUAGUUAAACGUUAGCGAAAGGACUUGUGAGGUGUUCAAUUAGGGUACAACUAUGUAAAAGAAGUUUGAAGAAAGAUGGGGUUUCUGCAAAAGCAAUUAAUAAUAGUGUUUUUGGUUACCUUCAUAAUUGAAGUUGCAGCUCUCUGUUCUUCGAAGAAUCUGAAGUGUCAGGGAGUGAACUUUACUUCCGUACGCUGCAGCUGGGAUCGUCCAUCAAUCAACAAAACCUAUACAGUGCAAUGGACAUUAGAUUUGUCAACUAGGGUAUGUGAGGGCUCCAAAAUGAUCAACGGGACUUAUAUUUGCGACAUACAUGACCUGGGAUAUGGCAACUAUAGGCACAUUCAACUAAGAGUGAAAUCUCAUUCAGACAAUCAAACUAUGGUCUUCAUUAAUAACUAUUCAGCCAAAGAAUGUGCCAUUCCAAACCCACCCAAUGAUGUCCAAGUGAAACCUGUGUCCAGUAACUCUUUUCAAGUAACGUGGGAGGUUCCAAAAGAUUGGCCUGUGGCAAAAGAGAACCUACUCACAUACCUAAUCCGAUAUCGUUCGCAGUUUAACCCACCUGACAAAUGGGAAGAGAUUCAGGGUAGCCGUGUCCGAGGCCCUCCUUACGCGCUUAAAGUGACCAGCCUUCUGUAUCACUGUUCCAUCUACUACAUCAAGAUCAUUGGUAAAACUUUCGGUGCGACAGGGAAGCAAAGUGCAUGGUCGAAUGUAGUGUCUGUAAAAACAGUUCAGCUAGCUCCAAUUGGGGAGUUGCGUGACAUAGAUAUUCAGGACCUACAAGGCAAGGCUGGAGGUCGGAUAGUUCUAUUAACAUGGAAGCCUAUACCUUUGACCCAGACCUGUAGCCCACUACUUGGUUACCGUGUCGUAGUUUGCAAAGAAGCAGAAGAGUGUACGCCUACAGAUAUUUCACCUAACAGAACCAGCUAUUACGUAAAAGGCCUACGGAAAGAAUCGAUGUAUACCAUUUACUUGAGCUCAUAUAAUGCUGUUGGACAAUCCAAGCAAAAUAAUAUCACCAUCCCUGGUCUUCCCAUGCCCCUUAAUGAAAUAAAAAGUAGUUCGAAAAGAAGUUACUUAUUGUACCUUGGGUUGGCUAUUCCGUUAGCUGCUCUGACAAUGAUCAUUAUUUGGGUAGUUUAUAAGAAACUGAAGUCCACUUUUAAGCCUGUGCCAGAGCCGCAUAUACCAUCAUAUCCAGAAUACAAACUAAACCCAAAUCCAUACUCUUCACCUGAUGACAAAGAGUUCUAUACGUUGUUGAAUGAGAGCAGCAAUGGUGACAAAAGCAUACCGAGAAAUACCGAAAACAAAGCAAAGGAACCUGUCUACAACUACCGUUCGGUGUCUGUGAGUAAUACAGGUGAACUUGAGGUCGUGGAAUACCAGCUACUGCUUUGUGAAGACUAUGUGAAGUCAUCUUCUGAGAAGGACCUGUCGUCCCAAGAUAGCAGCAACGACUCGAUAAGUCCGUAUUCAAAGAUCGCAGGAAGUACGGGUGUGGACACAUCGCUCGGUAGUACUGGUUCCAAAAGUGAUUCAAGUAUUAGUGCAAGGCAAGAAGUGUUAGAAAAGAAGUUACAAGAGAGAAAGUGCAAGUUUAUUGUCUGCAGAGAAAAUGGCUACGCCGUUAUUGUGGAAGAUGAACGUGCUCAAAAAGCAGAAAAUGUUUUAUAAUUUGGUGUAAGUAUACGAGCAAGUUGAAGAGGAAGAAAAUGUUAUAUGUAAUGGCAUUAUUUUUAUUAUUGUUUUUUUUAUUUGUAAUUGUUGUUAUUGUUAAUAUUAUGAAAAACAUCAUCAGGAUUAUGAUGACUAAAAAACAAGUAUGAAAGAUUUUAAUUUACACCACGUUACCAAUAAUUACUGUAGCUGUUGAUAUUGAUAAUAGUCUGGUAAUAAUAUGACUGGUAUGACGACAGUUCAGGGUCAGUAGUGGCUCCAGAAAUUUACAGACAGGGGGUCUGACAUGUCCAACCGUGGGUGGGUAGUGGGUGGGUAUGUUGUUUCAAAUCAAGAGGCUUACUAGAGUUUUAGUCAGGGUCCCAGAGUUUUUACAGAUUAGUAUGGCCCAAAUUGUGCUUUUAGCCCACAAUGUUAGCAAUUGGCAAUCAAAUUAUGUUUUGGGUCUGACGAACUUGUCAUGGAAUCGGACGAGGAGGGUCCAGGCUUGUCCGGCACAUGCCCUCCCUGGCCCCCCCCCCCUUAUAAGUUUAAUAUUAGGAACAUUUAGAUGACUGAUUUCAUUUUUUAAAAAUGAAGAAAAAAAAUGAUAUAAUCAAAGUUUAUUAACUUGGAGGAAAAAAAAUCAUUUAUUUAUGAAGAAUGAAAUAUUAUUCAUAAUGUAUUUUAAGCUUUUAAAUUACUUUUAUCUUUACUGGGCAUUAAUAUUUGCAAUGUUUUUUUUUUUAAUGUUUCUCUAGCUAUACUUCAUGAUUUUGUAACCCCAACAUUUAGAAUUUCAUUGCAAGUAGAUUUAUGCCCCAUAUAGUCUCCAUCUGCAUUUCCACUGUUUCAUUCCACACCAUCGUCGUCCCUAUUUUAUGUGCAUUGCUACCCGUUAUGCAUUCUCACUAGUGGUGUCACAGAGUUUGGGGGGCCCUGGCGGUGACUGUUAUUGGGGCCCUAAUAAGCGAGCGAACAAACAGACGCUGGGGGACUCAUAGGACCCCCUAUCGUGCCCUAGGGGAUGAAGGCCCCUGGUGGGAUCCGAGGGGGUUUUUCCCUCUCGCACUCAGAGCUUAUGCCAUUUAAGAACUGUUACUGCGUUGUCAGAGAACAUAGAAUGGUCCAUGACUGAUGAAAUAUUUCAGAAAUUUUAUGACAAACCCAACAUAUAGGCCAACUUUUGGAAUGGGUACAGGCCUACAUUAGGAAUGUGGCCAGUUUUACAGGGGUCCAGAGGUCAUACUGCGGAAACAUUGUUUACCUGGAUGCCCAGAAAAAAUACGAAAGGAUGAUUAUGAUAAUGAUGAUGAUUUACUCUAUGCACUCGCGUACAAAAACAUGAUAAGGAAUAUGACAGGCCGAAACAUUUCCAAACCACUUUUUCAAUCAAAAGACACCAUGCUUGUGUCAUGCGCAAGGCACACUGCAACAUAAACAAAAAACUGCAGCAAUCAUUUACAUGAGCCCUGAGAUAAUGUGGUUUCUGUAUGAUGAUUGAAAUGUGUUACGCCAUUAAGGUAAAAUUUUUUAACCACUUAUAUAUUAUUUACUUUAUUUGUACAACAAAAAUCCACUACUUAAUACUAUACAUUAACAAUUUAACCAUACAUGCUUUAAAUAUUUAAACAUUUUGUGAUUUGUUUUCAAAAGGUUUUUUUAAAAAAUAAAAAUAUCAAUGAGCCUAUUUAUAUUACUGAAGUGCUGAUUGCAGCAAAGUAAAAAAAUUACCAUACAAGAACAUAAUCAAAACGGGACACCAAAACAAAAAAAGCCGAAACUCCUGCAAUGGUAAUGCUAAGCAACUUUACUGUAUAUAGCAUCUUACGCAAUAGAAAAUUGUCUGUGCUGUCCACAUCCACAAGUCAUCCUGCCGGCUAAAACUUAAGGCACUUUGAACUGUUUAGGAACAGAAUUUAGUCAACAGUACCCAAAUAUACCAUAACGUACAUAUUAUGUUAUAUAGUUAAACCGUCAUCUAGAAAUAUGUUACUAGUAUCGCUAAUAAUAUAUGAUAUCAAUAUAAUAUCACUACCACAAACAACUGGUUGAUCAACCAUAAACCACCUUUGAGGAAAUCUGGUCUCUUAACACACAUCUUAAGUUUAUUUUGCUACACAUACUGAUACCUGUUGAUAGUUGACUUUAUUAGAUAUAGGUUUGUCUUUGCUAAAUUUUUGCUUGUUUGCCAGAGUUCAAGAAACCAGGCUAUUUGAAUGGGCCUAGGGACUGUAUUUUGGAAUAUUAAUGGAAAACAUAACAUUCCAUUCAUACUGCUGUCAAAAUAACAUAACAUCCCUCAGGAAAAUACUAACGCACAGGGGUCUCAAAAAGUAGCUGUGUUUCUGAGUAGGGGAGGGAGAGCGAGUGUGUGUGCAUUUAUCUUCAGUGUGUGUGUGUACAUAAAUCUCUUAAGGUAAAUAAAAGAUAUGUAUUCCAGCAUAUUCAUCUGGUCAUAUUCGCUAGGUAGUAAUAGUACCUCUAUUGACAUUUUUGUUGUAUUGCUCAGGCGCUUGAAGUGUUCAAUUUCAAAUGCUACCUCAAUUUUAUUCUUCAUUUUAAUUGAUACUACAGUUAGCGACUGUCUAAGGGCAGGGUUGGAAAGAGUCGAAACUGAAGUAUCGCCUCACAAAUAUAGGGGCAAAUGAGCAUGCACAAAUACAAUAAGCAUUGAUAUAGGGAGCUAUUUUUGUCUAGUAUUAUUGAGAGUGUAUGAACACUUAAAUACAAGAGGUGCUAUUUCCAGCUAGUUUUUUAUUAGAAUACCAAUAAGCUUGGAUUCUAGCUCUAUAGCUAAAAAUGAGAGUGGAAAAAACCAUUAAAACCCAUAUUAAAUGGUCAUCUUUGAGACUAAAAUGGCUGUGUCCUCUGAAUAGAAGUUAGCCUUAGUAUAAAGUUGAAAGAUAUAUUUUCCCUGCUUCUCUGCCAAAAAAGUUUCCCCUUACUUGGGGUGUUGCAAGAGAGAGGCUGUGUAGUUACAGGUACACAUAUCCUUUGUAAUAAGUCCCUGUAC